UUUUGAGAUGGUGCUUUUUAACUUGUAGGUACUUACAUCAUCAAUGAAGAAAAAAUGGCCACUGAAGAUUACUUAAUUCAAUAUGUCCUUGUCCGUGGUGAUCUAGCAAAAAAUCUGAAGUGGCCCCUAGGAGCAGUUAUUGCUCAAGCAUGCCAUGCAUGUGUAGCAGCCAUUCACCUAUUUCAACAGGAUCCACAUACUCAAGCAUACCUCAACGACCUAAACAAUAUGCAUAAAGCAGUCUUAGAAGUCCCGAAUGAAGAUGCAUUGCGUAAAUUUGAAGCUACUUUUAAAGAAAAAAAUAUUGAUCACAAGAUUUGGGUGGAGCAACCUGAAAACAUUCCGACAUGUAUUGCCCUCAAGCCCUACCCGAAGCAAUACGUUAAAGGUUUGGUGAAAAAUCUCAAACUAAUGAAGGACUGAUGUACUCAAAUUCUUUACUCAUAGAAAACUCGCCCACUAUAUUAUGCAACAGUCAACGUUUCUAUCUUUGACAAACAAAGUAGCUAUGCAAACUGAAAUGUUGAAGCACACAACUUUUCAGCCGACGGGGAAAAUUUCCAACGAAAGUACUGAUUGUGGUCAGUGGUAAUUACAUCAUAAGUUUAGUUCUCUACUUUAAUUGCAUUUGAUAUCUGAUUUGUAGGAUUAAAAUUAAUGAUUUCACAGCCUCCUGUUACAAUUACUAUAAUGCGUCCAAUUUAAUUUUAGAUCAUGAAUUAUUGCGCAUGUAAAUAUAUGAGUGAAUAAAGAAACUCUGAAGGUGAUGAAAA